GUGUGCAGAGGAUGCGACCUGCUGGUGACCGCGCGCACAGGGAAGUGAGAUGCAUGGAAUUGAGACAUGACACUGAGAUCCGUUUAAAUCCCAACAGUUUUGUUUAUUUGUGACUUGCCUCCGGUCCAUAGACUGUAUCUGGUCCCGUUACUCCGGACUGAAGGAACAUAUUCACUGAGGGAUGGGUGCGUUCCAGUCCUCACCUGGUCAACCAGAGUACGUUGAUCUGAAGGAAAAGACGGGCUUUUCAAUUUCGCAGAUCAGAGUCCUACAUACAAGGUUCAAGCUGUUGGGCCACAAUGGGGAAACUUUGAAGAGGGAUCAUUUCAAUAGCAUCCCAGAUCUGGCAUGCAAUCCCAUCCGCUCGCAGAUAAUAGAGGCCUUCUUCGACAGAAGAAACUUUCGGCAGAAUGGCGAGGGCCCUGUGGAUGAGAUCCACUUUGAGGAGUUUCUGAUGGUCAUGUCCCAUUUCAAGGCCCCAUCGCCACGCAUGAUAGAGGAGCGUGAGAGCGUCAGGAGGGAGAAACUGAGAUUUAUAUUCAACAUGCAUGACACAGACGACGAUGGGACGAUAACCCUCGAGGAGUACAGACAUGUGAUCGACGAGCUACUAUCUCUCACCGAGGACCUAGGGAAGGACACAGCCAAAGACAUUGCUGAUGCUGCCAUGAGGGAAGUGGCCAGUACUUCAAUGGCUCACAUGGAACCUGAUGAAUUCUUCGAGGGAAUCACAUUUGAGCACUUCCUUAAGCUGCUGAAAGGCUUUGAGAUUGAGUUAAAAAUGAAUGUUCACUUUUCAAUAAUGGACACCCCAACGUUUUGUAAGUGAGGUUGGUACACUGCACUAUGCAGAGACUUUGGGAACACUCUGGAAGCUCUUUAUAAUGAUUUCACUAUUUGUUACUAGUUUUUAGUUUAUUGCUUGCAUGGAAAAAUAUGCCUUAAUUAUGUUUGAAUAAUGAUGUAGAUUCAAUGAAUAUAAAGAUAUAGUAGAAAUGGUCAAUUUCAUUGUAAGCAAUAAUAUGAGAUAAUAAGUCUACUAACUCUGCAUGAAAGUAGUUGGACUAAGCAAUAAUCGAAUAUCAAUGUCCGACUCUAUGCAUGCAAAUAUUGAUGCUCAAAAGACUUGAAAGAGUUAAUGCCAUAAAUCAAUAAUAUUAAUAAUCAGGGAUAUAGAGAUGUAUAUGUAAAAUAUAUUUAUAUUUGUCUUAUAAUAGCAAUACAACAUUGAAAUGCCUUUCACAAGUAUGAUCCUCAGUGCAUGCUCUGCACACUACAUUUGCACAAUAAAAACCCCAUGAACCGUAUUCCAGUUAAUGGUGCGCCUUCCUGCUAAAAAGGAAAUGGGAGUGCUGGCAUGCGAGUUAAAAUGCCUGCUGGCAUUAUCUGAUCGAAGAAUGAACAAGGACUUCAUGAUUCACCUCAAAAAGAUAAUUUUGACUUUUUAAGACCACACAUAUGAUGAAAAGUCAUAGAUAUUUUAAUAUCAGGAGUUUGAAUAACUUUAUACUGUAUGAGAAUUUAACAUUUCAAGCCAAACUUAAGCGAACAAUGCUUGAUUCAACAGCUACCACCAGUUACCUUUAACUCCAUUGCUUUGGGGUGAUUGUUAUACACAAAGUCAUCUCAUACACAACUUUUUGAAAAUAAUAAAUAUGAAAGCAUUGUAAUAAUCUUAAAAGUGCAUUAUAAAUGGGAAGCUGGUUAUGAGAGUGUAAACGUUACGCAAUGACAACAACAACCCCAGUGUGUGAUUCUGGCUGCAGUCAAGCUCAAACUGUGACUAUCAAUAAAAUAAGCUUUCACUUGUACCUGUUUAUAUGUUGUGGUUAAUAGGUAUUGAGUCUUGUCGUGUGCUUGUUGUUUACUAAUACUGCAUGUUUGAACAUGUUUUCAUAUUUCUAGUGAAUGCUAAAUUAUUGACCGUCUUGAAUGUUUAAAGAUAGCCAUCAGCACUUCUGAUGCUCAAUGUAUUCAGUCGUGGCUGUAUACUGCCCCCCACAGGUCAAAACAUGUAAAGCAUGUUAAAGGAUGAACCUGAUGACCUGAUUCAAUACAUGUGUUUGUGUAAUUUCUCCAGUCGGUACAUUACCUCAUGAAUAAUGUUUAAUGUGGAGCUUUCAUCGGAUACAUGUUUGUUCAUUGUUUUGACGAUGAUUAUCAUUUGAAUUAUUAGCUGUCAUGUCCAGUCCUUGUCACUGAUUCCUUUACUUUGUAAACCAUCCAUAUUUUUGCAAUAAAAUACAACACAUGUGUUUCAGAAUUCUAA